GUCAAUCCAUCGAUGAAACGAGGUUUUUGGAAGUUGGUAGUGGGAAGUGCAUCGGUCCCCGCCUUCCUCACCGCCGCGACCACGAAACGGCCGACCAGCGGGGCAGCGCUGCUAAGCAGCCGUGGCCGUGAGCAUACCGCCGGGGGCGUCAGCCCGGCCGUGGGCAGGCGUAGUCGCGCAGAGCUCGUAGGAUUGGGGCAAAACACGCACGUGUCCAACCGUGCUGCCUGACCAACCGGAGCCGCGGCCGAGCGCCGAGUAGGCCCCGCACUCGCGCGUCGCGACCCAAAUCCACCCUGCCCCGCUCGCCCUGCCGGGGGACGGACCGCGGACGCCGCCAAGGCGCCAAGGCAAAGUCCCACAGCCAAAGUCAACUCCACUGGCUGCUGCGUUGGCGCGUUCGAGUCAGUCGAGCACCCACCACCCAGCCGACCGCGGUCGCGGGAUCGGAUCGGAUCGGCCGCGCCGGAGAGGCGCGCGGCCGCUGAACCUGCAACCGCUCGUUCAACUCUCAGGCCACGCAAGGAUCUUGAGCUCCGCGAGCCAGCCAACCCACCUGCCCGAUCCGGCACGGGCGGCGCACGAGAGGAAAAUGGACGCGUCGCGCCCGCAGAGCGAGGCCGCGCCGGCGUGGGUGACGGUCGAGGAGUGGAACGGCUCGUCCGCCUCGGCGCUCUCCCGCACCGCCGUCCUCACCGCCUCCCCUUCCUCCCUCACCUCCCACAGGUUCGGCAGCCGGUGGGGGUGGAUCGGCGGCCGCGUGCUCGGCGCCUUCGUGCCCGAGGGCUUUCCUGGAAGCGUAACUCCGGAUUAUGUCCCGUUCCAGAUGUGGGAUACCUUGCAGGGGCUCUCGACGUACAUCCGUGCAAUGUUGUCUACCCAAGCUCUUUUAGGUGCAAUCGGAGUGGGGGAACAAUCUGCAACUGUCAUAGGUGCUACCUUUCAGUGGUUUCUGAGGGAUUUGACAGGAAUGCUUGGAGGGAUAUUGUUCACCUUUUAUCAGGGAUCUAAUCUUGAUAGCAAUGCUAAAACGUGGCGUUUAGUUGCAGACUUUAUGAAUGACCUUGGAAUGUUGAUGGAUCUCUUAAGCCCUUUGUUUCCUUCAUCGUUGAUAGUUAUAAUGUGCUUAGGCAGCUUAUCUAGGUCAUUCACUGGUGUUGCUAGUGGAGCAACUAGAGCGGCACUAACACAGCAUUUUGCACUUGCAAAUAAUGUAGCUGAUAUUUCUGCAAAGGAGGGCAGUCAGGAGACACUUGCUACAAUGUCAGGGAUGGGAUUGGGAAUGCUGUUGGCUCACAUUACCAGAGGGCAUGCUUUGAGUGUAUGGGUAUCAUUCCUUUCUCUAACGAUGUUCCAUAUGUAUGCAAAUUACAAGGCAGUGCAGUCACUUUCGCUCACUACACUGAACUAUGAGAGAACUUCCAUCUUGCUACAGUACUUCAAGGAAUGUGGUGAAGUUCUUGCACCACAGAAGGUUUCUCAGCAGGAACAUAUUCUUCCUUUGUGGUCAAGCUGGAGGAAAUUAAUUAGAAUUAAACUGCCUUAUGAGCGUGUGCACUUAGGUGCUAAAGCCUCAGUGCUUACACACACUGACAUGCUGGGGAUUGCGAAGACAAGAUCCCACUAUGAAAACGCCAACUAUCUUUUACUGGAUAAGGAAGGCAGCGUUCACAUUUUCAUCCACAAACAGGCAACGUCAGCUGAUGUGUUGAAGUCCUUCGUGCACGCACUCGUGUUGGUGAGUUCGAUGCUGAAGGGCAAAACUCAGCAUGCAGAGGCUCGUCAAUGGAUGGGCGAUAACUACACCACUUUUAUCUCGAAGCUGCAGAUGAAAGGUUACUCAACAGAACGCCUUCUUUCGCAUUCGAUUGUUUGGAGGGCUCACUGGCUUCAUGGCCCCGAGGAAGCGAAGCUCAAGUAGGAGGGAGCAGCUCGAGAUGGCAUUAAGGUGACAGUAGUCCAGGUACCUCGCCCGAGUCUUGAACUUUUGGGCCAGAACGUGGUAACAGCUGUCAUGAACAUCACAUGAUGAAAAACAAAUGCCUGUAGUUCAGUAAGACCAGCAAUUCUCGACUUCGGUUUC